UCCGCAGCUUUGUCAUUCCCUCAAUACCACUCAGUGGUGAGGAGCUAUUUUUUUUUUUUUUUUAAUAAUCGCGAUAUUAACGAGAAUCCUUUGUCUUCUAUUUAGUUUUUCCCGUUUUCCCUGGACCAAUCAGGCGAAAACAAAAAAUAUUAUAUUAUUUUUUUUUUAAUAACAUCUUUAUCACGGGCACCGUAGCAUCAUGUUUAAGCUGACGGUAGCUCUGACGGUUGUGGCUCUGGCCAUAGCAAAACCAGAACCCCCCGUGAAUUCGUAUUUACCACCCGGAAGAGGCGGUGGUUCAGCAGGAGGAAAUUUUGGAGGUGGUAGUUCCGGAGGAAGACCUUCGGAUACAUACGGACCACCUGGUUUCGGAGGGGGCGGUGGAGGUGGUGGAGGAAACGGUGGUCCACCUUCCACAUCUUACGGCACACCAAAUGGUGGCGGUGGAUUUGGAUCCGGAGGUUCCAGUGGGGGCUUUGGGGGUGGAAGUGGUGGAUUCGGAUCAGGAGGUUCCAGUGGGGGCUUCGGGGGAGGCAGUGGCGGAUUUGGGUCAGGUGGUUCAAGACCAUCCGACAGUUAUGGUCCACCAGCAUCCGGCAAUGGAGGAUCUGGUGGUAGUGGAGGAAGAGGAGGAUCCGGUUCCGGUGGAUUUGGAGGUGGCAGACCUUCGGACAGUUAUGGUCAACCACCACCUCCACCACCUGGAGGCGGUGGUGGUUCUGGAUUUAAUGGCGGUACACCAUCAGAUAGUUAUGGUACACCUCUUACGGGAGGAGGUGGUGGUGGUGGUGGACGAGGAGGUUCUGGAAGUGGAGGCAAUGGAUUUGGUGGACGACCUUCAGAUUCUUAUGGACCACCGUCGUCAGGUGGUAAUAGUGGUAGAGGAAAUUCAGGAGGCGGAAGACCAUCAGACACAUAUGGAACACCUUCAGGGGGCGGUAAUGGAAGAGGAGGCAGUGGAGGAGGUGGUAAUAACGGAUUCGGUAGCGGCGGUUCAGGAGGUGGUAGACCAUCUGACAGUUAUCUUCCACCUGGAAAUGGGAAUGGAAAUGGAAAUGGAAGGGGAGGUUCCGGAGGUGGUAGACCAUCAGACUCUUAUGGACCACCUUCUGGGGGUGGAAAUAGUAGAGGCGGAAAUGGUGGUGGUGGUAAUGGUAAUUUCGGAGGUUCCGGAGGUGGAAGACCAUCUGACUCUUAUGGACCACCCUCAGGCGGUAAUGGAGGCGGUUUCGGAGGUGGUAGAGGAGGUGGGGGUAAUGGAGGAGGUGGAGGUAAUAGUGGAUUUGGAGGAGGUGGGGGUAAUGGUGGGUUUGGAGGUGGGAGGCCAUCAGAUUCUUAUGGACCACCUAAUGCUGGGGGCGGUGGUGGAGGAGGCCAAGGAGGUCGUGGGGGCAAUGGUGGGUUUGGAGGAGGGAGGCCAUCAGAUUCUUAUGGACCACCUAAUGCCGGAGGCGGCGGUGGUGGUAGUGGCGGAAGAGGAGGUGGUGGAAACGAUGGUUAUUCUUCUGGCGGCCCUGGAGAUUUCGGAGGAGGUGGAUCUGGAUCUGGUGGUUACGGUGGAAAUGCCGAAGAAGAGAGCAAUGAACCAGCGAAAUACGAAUUUUCUUACGAAGUGAAGGAUGACCAAUCAGGAAGCACUUUUGGACAUACAGAAACUCGAGAUGGAGAUAGGGCCCAAGGAGAGUUCAAUGUUUUACUUCCAGAUGGUAGAAAACAAAUAAUUGAAUACGAGGCCGAUGCAGAUGGAUUUAAACCUCAGAUUAGAUAUGAAGGAGAAGCUAACACAGGAGGCGGUGGAGGUGGUGGAAAUAAUGGAGGCUAUCCGUCUGGAGGACCAUCUGGAGGUGGCGGAAAUGGUUAUCCCUCAGGACGCCCCUCAGGUGGGGGUGGAUUUGGAGGAAGCGGAGGCAGUGGAGGAAAUGGUGGGUUUGGAGGUGGCGGAGGUGGAAAUGGCGGUUAUCCUUCCGGUGGUCCAGGAGGAAAUUCUGGAGGUGGAUCCGGAGGAUUUGGAGGUAGCGGAGGCGGCAAUGGUGGUUAUCCCUCCGGAGGUCCAGGAGGUAAUUCUGGAGGUGGAUCCGGAGGAUUUGGAGGAAGCGGAGGUGGCAAUGGUGGUUAUCCUUCCGGAGGUCCAGGAGGGAAUUCCGGGGGCGGUUUUGGAGGUAAUGGGGGCGGCAGCGGUGGUUAUCCCUCCGGAGGUCCAGGAGGCAACUCCGGAGGUGGAUCCGGAGGAUUUGGAGGUAGCGGAGGUGGUUCAUCAGGUGGAAACUUUGGAGGAGGUGGUGGAGGAGGAUAUCCACGAGGUGGUCCUGGCGGUAAUGGAGGAAAUGGAGGUUUCGGUGGUGGAAACGGUCAACAAGGUGGAGGUGGAAAUCAAGGAUAUCCUUCGGGAAGACCUGGUGGUGGAAAUGAUUUCGGAGGAGGUGGCCAAAGGGGUGGUGGUCAGGGAGGCGGUGGUGGUUAUCCUUCUGGUAGUGGAGGUGACGCUGCAGCCAAUGGAGGAUACCAAUACUAAAUGAGUUAAUUCUAAUUAAACGAAUGUUUCGGAUGUAUUAUAGAACGACAAAGGUUGUUCAUAACAUAGUCUCACGACACCGCAGCCCUGUGAUUAUUUGGGAUACGGUUGUUUGAAUCUGACGAGUAAUGUUUGAACUGAAGUGAAAGGCAUUAAUUACUUAGCACUAUUCAAAGAUCUAAUUAAGUAUUAAAUUGAGAGACGUCCACUUAUAGACCGACUCAGUAAUUUAGGGCAAUUUGUUCAGUUAUAUUAAUUAACAAUGAUGAAUGGUACAAGUAAUAUUAAAAUACAAUUUUUUUCCCUCAGAAAUUUUUCUUAAAAAGAAGAAGAAUAUUUUGGAAAAAAAUAUUAUUUCCAAUGUGUAUAAGAGAUAUUCUCGUCAAAUUCAACGAAUCUGAAGAUCCCAUAAAAUGGGCUACUGUGAUAGUGAACGUAAUAGCUGCAUUUAUAUAAGAAUACUUCGCGACAAUAAUCUGCGAAAUUUUGUUCAAUCGAGUGUUGACGAUAAAAAAAAAAACUAGCUGAACUAUUUAGUCUAAAUAAUAUAUAUGUAUAAUCCUUCCUCAAUAUUUCGUCACACGAUAUGAUAGAACUCAGGUAGCAGAUUAUUAAUGUUUCAAGUAGACAACCUCGUAUUUUAUUUAUUUAUAAAAAAAAUAUACCAAUUUUGUUUAUAGAAUCUCAAUGUAUAUGUAGUUUAUAGCGCAAAACAAGCCGCAUAAAUAAAAAAUGCGGUCAGCCAUAACUGUGUUCAUUUCUUUCAUUGAUCACCUGUCAAAACGCUUGUUAACAAACUGAUGAGUGUGCUCACCCACAGUUUAAUUACAAAUUCAAUACGCUCUU